AUGCAGCUCGUACGAAUAUUGAAUGUUGUUCUUAUUGUAUUGAUUUCUUUAUGUUACGGUGAUUUGAAUUCAACUAUCAUCGAAUCAGUACCAGUGGUGUGCAAAAAAUGCUCGCCUUGUUGGAAUGUUUUUAGUGAAAACUUCGGUCCUUGUUCCAAUGAAACGUAUCGCAUAAGUCUAUUCAAUAAUGUUCAACCGGUUUGUAUGGAUACGUUAGUUUUACUGGCUAUCAUGUUUCUGAGUAUUGUUAUCCUUACUCCAACUUGUCUUUGGCUUUGCUAUCUGUGGAUUAAACGUUGUCGAAAUGUGGAUGCGAAAUAUAUCGUUAACGAACGUGCCAUUAUGUAG